UUAAGGUGGAGAGAGUUGUUUCACACGUGGUGGAACACUUAACUGCAAUAAAGUACAUACACAGAUUAAAAUCUAUUUUCUGGAUACGUGGGCUUCAAUCCAGGGUGACAUAUCAAAGAGCAGGAAUUGCAACCUGCACGACAUAAUUUGCACCUUGUGGGUGUAAGGAAGCAAUCUGAUGCCGAGUCGUGCACGGCGAUCCCUGUAGCGCGCAUCAGUUUGGUCAGAGGCGAAUGAAACUAGCUCCUGAGCUAAAGCAGAGGGGGGUUAACAGCAGCGACAGCAGCUGUACCGUCAAAUCUUGGUUCACGUCAAAGAGAUAGCGUGUCGUCUGCGUCCUUCAAAUGAAUAAGCGUGCUUCAUUGUGGGAAUACUGAACAUUUCUAUUUUUACGCAGCAGACAGUUUAGGGAGUUCGGGAACAGAACAGACCAACCUCAACGUGCCUGUGACAGACCCCGGAGCCUGGGCUACAGCCAUGAAUAACCUGGGCAUCGUGCCGGUGGGAAUGCCUGGACAGCAGCUGGUUCCAGAUUCCGUCUGCUUACCAGGAUUUGACCCCAGCAUGGGCAUCAUCACCCCGAUCAACCCCAUGAUGGCAGGGAUCAGGCUGGUGCCCCCUCCUCCAGUGCCAGUCGAGCUGCCCGUCAUCAAAGAGAUUAUUCACUGCACGAGCUGCACUCUCUUCCCACAGAACCCCAACCUGCCCCCUCCCUCCACCAGGGAGAGACCCCCAGGGUGUAAGACCGUGUUCGUAGGAGGUCUCCCCGAAAAUGCCAGCGAGGAGAUCAUCCGGGAGGUGUUCGACCAAUGCGGUGACAUCAUCGCCCUCCGCAAAAGCAAGAAGAACUUCUGUCACAUCCGGUUCACGGAGGAGUUUAUGGUGGAUAAAGCCAUCUUCCUGUCAGGCUACCGGAUGCGCAUCGGGUCGAGCACGGACAAAAAGGACUCAGGGCGCAUCCAUGUUGACUUCGCUCAGGCUCGAGAUGACCUGUACGAGUGGGAGUGCAAACAGAGGCUGUUUGCCCGCGAGGAACGACACAGGCGCAAAAUCCAGGAGGACCGCUUCCGCCCUCCCUCACCGCCUCCCAUAAUGCACUAUUCCGAACACGAGGCGGGCCUGCUGGCUGACCGAUUGAAAGACGAUGGUAAGUUCAGCGAGGCCACGGCGGUGCUGCUGACCUGGAUCGACCGCGGCGAGGUGAACCGUCGCACCGCCAACCACUUCUACUCCAUGAUCCAGUCGGCCAACGGCCACGUGCGGCAGCUGCUCAGUGAGAAGGCCCAGCACGAGGAGGAGAUGGAGCUGGCCAGGGAGCACUUUAAAAACGCCAUGUUGUCCAUCCUCACACAAUUCGAGCAGAUUACGGCUGUGUUCAUCGCCGCCACCAGGCAAAAGGCAUGGGACCAUUUCUCAAAAGCGCAGCGCAGGAACAUAGACAUGUGGCGAAAGCAGUGUGAGGAGCUGAGGAACGCGCACAGUGAAGAGAUCAUGGGUAUACGACGGGAGGAAGAGAUGGACAUGUCUGACAAUGAUGAUGAUGAAAAUCCCUGCAAGAAAAUGCGAUUAGAUGACUCAGGCCUGGAGGUGCAGACCUACGCUCUGCGGGAGGAGAACGACAGCCUACGCUGGCAGCUGGACGCCUACAGGAACGAGGUGGAGCUGCUGAAGCAGGAGCAGGGCAAGGCUUACCGCAGCGAGGACGACCACACCCAGGAACACCAUCACCACGUGCUGCAGCAGACCCUGCAUAACAUGCAGCAGCAACUGCUGGGCCUCCAGGCGGAGUUGAAGAGGAAGGAGCUGGAGCUGGAGCAGGCCAGAGAUCAACAGAUGAGCCUGGAGGGGGAACUCAGCGCUCUGAGGGAGACGCUUCUGAAUGGCCUGGAAGCUACAGAGAUGAGCUCCACAGAGGGGCCUGAGAAGGCAGUGAAUGGGUGCAUGGUGGUAUCCUGUCACACUCAGGAAAACAGCAUGGAGGCCUUAGUCCGUGGCCCUCUGAGGUCGGAGAAGGAGGCCCUGUUGCUUGGGAUAAUAUCUACCUUCCUCCACGUCCACCCCUUUGGAGCUAACAUAGAGUAUCUGUGGUCAUACAUUCAAAGACUGGACGCAAAGGUCUCAGCGGCUGAGCUGGAACGGCUAAUGAUCCGGCUGCCCCGCAUGUUCAAGCAGGAGUUCAGCGGUGUGGGAGCCACUCUGGAAAAACGCUGGAAGUUCUGCGGCUUUGAGGGCAUCCAGUCCAUGUGAGGCCCUUGGCGGGGGCGACACACUUGCAGGGAGGGGAAGGCUCCGUGUGAUAACCCCAUGGAAACCUUUUGAGACUCUGAGGGCAGAAAAUGGAAACCAGGAUGCCAGGACAAAUACUUUGUUAUCAUACUCAGAAUGGAUUCCUUUGAACUGCAGGCUGAUUGCAUAACAUUUCCGUCUAAGACACGGUUCCGCCUUGCUUGGGAGAGACUUCUGAAGCAUGCAAAUGCUUUGAGGCAAGUCUUCACAGUUUUAAAAUUAUAUUUUUUGUGCCCUUUACCAAAAACUGAAAACAGUCAGUACAUUUCCGAGGGAUUUUUUCCUUGCCGAUAAAUUCCUUCUCCUUGAGAUCAGUGCUUCAGCACUGCAGACGCACUCUGUCCAACUUGUGAUGUGAUCCGGUUUGGAAUGCGCAUAUUUACCCAGGACGUGUCAUUUUUUUGAUCAUUCGGGAUGCGAACCAUCUCUUUUCUUCCUUUUACUGUAUGCUAAGUAUGUAAUAUACAUUCUGUUUGUGUUCAGUUUGUUGUUAAGUAUAGUAUCCACAUGUGUAAAUUAUUUUUAACAAAUAAAGGUUUUUAUUCAAA